AUGUGGCAGAUGCGGCAAGCAUUGCUGUCCAAUUCCACCAAGCGCCGCACUGCCGAGCUUCACCGCAUCAAGGACAAGCUGGAGAAUGGAGCUAUCCCACUCGCUCAGGUGCCCGCCCUCCUACGUUCCCUCUUCGAUACAUAUCCCCUAUACAUCGACCCGCGAUCGAGACAGGCAGUCGAGAGCUGUCUGGCGGCCAUCGCAUCAUCCCCAGACGCCCCCAAUUCUCUACCGGCCUUUGUCAAGGAGCUUGAAGCCGAGACCAAGAAGGCGGCUAUUGCCCCGGGAAAUGCAUUUGUUCUGCUCAGGUGGUCAUCACUGCUCAUUCAGCAGUCUGCGAGAGACCAGACAUUGUGGCGUCUAUGGGGAAUGAGAACAGUUGCCAUCUUGACCAACGCCAUGGACAUUCUUUUCUCCUCGAAGCCGAGGGACAGCACAACGGCGACGGCAUUACGCGUGAGCAGACGUGCAUUUCGAACGGUGCUGAAGAGCGAGUUUGGGCCAGAUGCCAUGGGCGCUUGCAUAUCCACACUUGCUGCCAAAGGGCCCUCGCCGCUUCCGAAAAAUGCAUUGCCCCUCGGUAUCAUUGCAGCAUGCUGCAGCAGAUUGCCCGACCGGACUUCUGUGGUCGCAGACAAGAAAGCAGAGUACUAUGCAUUCUACCUUCGGGAAUUCCUCGGAUCGAAGACGGUCCUCCCAGCAUACAUCGCAAAUGCCCUGCGGGACUUCUUUUCGGCGUACGUGACGGGCGAAGAGCUGAAGAAGGAGCUGAUACCAGCAGUGGAGAAAUCUCUGCUGCGAGCGCCUGAAGUUGUGCUGAACGAUCUGGUGGCGCCAAUGAUCAAAGCUCUCCCACCAGACCUGGACUUGUCCGAUAUCUUGGCGUCCAACCUUGUCAAGCCCUUGCUUUCAAACAUCAAGUCAACGAAGGUGGAGACGAGAGAUGGCGCGUUGCGCACUUUCUGUGCUGUUGCCGCACGCUCAAGAGAUGGAAAGCUUGUGGGCAAGACUGCAGACGAGAUUUUGACGCCACUGAAGACCAACAAAGUCACUGCCGCUGAGCAGAGAGUGAUACAUGCUAACAUGCUUGCUGCUUUGCACCCAUCCGCCUCUCUUGCGUCAAGCCUGCCGCAAGGUCUUGCACCUGUUGCGACGAAGGAGGCCAAUGAGCCCGCUGCUUCGGCUGAGAUCAGCUGCAUAGCAAAAUAUGUCACUUUUGCACUUGACCAAGAUGUGAAGCUUGAGACGGCCACCAUCGACGCCUUUGCGAAGGGCUUGGGCGAAAAGAACUUGCCCAAACGGCGACUGUGGGCCCUUCAUCUUGCAGAUGCAAUAUGGAACGUCCAGCCUGAAGCGAUUGGUAAACAGGGCACUGCUGCGUUCCUUGACGCGUCGAUUGUCAAGCUCAUUGACAUAUUUCAUGAGGUGAAUGCUAAUCCUCUGCCGGCGGUACAGAGUGGUCAGGUCUCGGUGGCAGCCGCGGCAACUGCGGUUUUACUGGCACGAGCACCUGGCAUGACACCAUUGAAGAAUGCGGCCGCCAUUAAGAAAGCCGCAGUCGGUGACAAGGUCUUGACUCUUGAUCCGAAGCCAUCAUUCCUACUCAAUGCGCGCGUCUACACGAAGCUCACGUCCGAAGAUGACUUGCGAUGGCUCCUUCGUGCUGCCAUCGCUGCAUUCCCGUCGUUGACCAUUGCAAAAGAUGGCAAUCGAGCACUUGCAAAGGCAUGGGCUCAAACAAUCAUUUUUCUUAUCUCCUCGACUGCAGUUGCCCCAAGGGUGCGCAGUGACGCCGCCAAAGCCUUGCAAGGUCUCUACGUCGCCAAUGCCGAAGUUGUCUCCGACGUCGUAGUUGAUGGUCUAUGGCAAUGGUGCGAAGAUGUGGAACUGGAAACCAAAGAUAGUGCUGCCGCCGCUUCGAAGACCGGCCGCUCCGAGCUGUUCAGAGUGGUCAGAGCACUAUGCCUCGACAGCGAGACUGCAACGAAAGUCGGAACGCCAAAUUUGCAGGACGUCAUUGAGAAACAACUCAGGCGACUCUUGGUCUUGUGUCGACCUCAGCUCAUUUCAAAGGCACCUUGGAUCGAGCUGUGCUUGAAAACCGGCAAUGACCCUGGCUCGCUUGCUGAGAAGUCGUCGACUGAUUGUCUCGCUAGCAUACUCGCUGUCACUGAAAACCCAAUAUGGAAGCCAUUACCUGCCUUCCAGUUGGCCGCUUGUCACGCAGCUGCUGAUCUAGCAUUCGUAGCACCAGAUGUGAUGACAACAUUGAUCGUCGCACAGAUCAGCCUCGACUUGGAUCCCUCGCAAUUGGACUCUAUUGGACCGACCGAAGCAGCCAUUCACCGUACACCGGAGGGCACAGCCUUUGUUGAUGUGCUGUCAACCAAGUCUCAAGCACCGCAGAUCGACAAGAAGACCAAGGACUACGAUACCUUGAAAUGGGAAGAAGAGCUCCGAGCAUCUUUGGCUGCCAAGAAAGGCCAGACCAAGAAGCUCACUGCCGAGGAACAGUCAAAGGUCAACGCGCAACUCAAGAAAGAAUCUGAAAUUAGAAAGAAUGUUGCUGAAGUCGAUGGCAAACUUAGGCGUGGCAUCGGCUUCAUCAGUGCACUUUCGACAGGGCCACCUACUAAGGCCGAAGCAUGGUUUGGGCCUUCGGUCAAGAGCCUCUUCGACAUAAUACAAGCCGGUGCUGGGCUCAUUCUAGGCGACGCAGCAUCUCUAGGAUAUCUCCAAUGCUCGGAAAAGACAUCGAGUCGCUUAGGUCCGUUGCGGCCGUUCGUCGGUGUUGCUACCCUUCGUGGCGCUGGAAUCACCAUGCUUCCUGAAAAUUUAUUGGCAGAGCCUCUGGGUUUAGUGUUCCUGGUCCUUGAGAAUGGUGGGAUUGAUCGCGCGGCUGGUGAAGACGCUGACGAGCAGCUCAUUCUGGCAAUUGAGUUCCUGUCGUUUCACACAGAGACCUGCAGCGACAUCAGGCUACCGAGAGAAAAGCUUCUGGCAACUUUAAUCAGUGCUAUGCUAAAAUUUACCCAGCACUACAAGGAGAUCAAAGACUGCUUCGCAGACCUCUGUCGCUGUCUGGCGCCAAGCUUGAACAAAGUCGAGACGGAUACCGUUGUGAAAGGUGUCAUUGUUUCGGACAGUUCUGUUCGCAAUGCUGUCCUCCAAGCCAUCAGUGCCGAGCUCGAGCUCACCGAUCGCGACUUCUACGAAGAAAUUUGGCUCGCUUGCCAUGAUGAUGACGAGGAGAAUGCCAAUAUAGCUCACGAAGUCUGGGAGGAGAAUGAACUGAAAAUCGUCAGCGAGAGCGCCGCCAAAUGCCUGCCGUUUUUGGAGUCGAAAGACGCCCAGCUACGCCGUGCAGCAGCGCGAGCAGUUGCCUCUGCUGUCAAGGAGAAUCCGACCGCUUUCCAGGACGUGCUCAGUCAACUCCAAAGCUCAUAUGUGGAAGCUGCAAAACCGAAAAAGCCAGAACUCGACCGCUAUGGCAUGCCGGUCAAGAAAGAUCUCUCCGAUCCUUGGGAGUCCAGACAUGGCUGCGCGUUAGCGUUCAAGGAACUGUCGCCCGUGUUUCCAGAUGAUCAGCUCGCGCCGUUCCUUAACUUUUUGAUCGAGAAAGGACCGCUUAGCGACAAGAGUAACCAAGUUAGAGACGCUAUGGUUGACGCUGCGACAUGCGUGGUGUCGAUCCGCGGCAAAUCUCAGGUCGAAGCGCUCAUGAGACUGUGCGAAGAGAGAUUGAGUGCGAGCAGUAAGAGCUCUGAGCAGGACCUUGUCAACGAGGCUGUCGUCAUCUUGUACGGCGCUCUUGCUCGACACUUGCCGAAGGGAGAUGAUCGUGUGCCGAAGGUCGUCAACCGCCUUCUCGCCACUCUUAGCACGCCUUCGGAGUCGGUGCAAUACGCUGUUGCCCAGUGCUUGCCUCCGCUUGUCCAAGCAUCGGCAGAUCAGGCAAGCCAAUACUUGAAACAGCUUGUCGAAGAGACUUUGCACGCCAAAGAAUAUGCGGCUCGUCGCGGUGCAGCCUAUGGUCUGGCCGGCGUUGUCAAAGGCCGAGGCAUUUCACUUCUGAAAGACACGAGGCUGUUGUCGACCCUCCGCAGCGCUACCGAGAACAAGAAAGACGCCAAGGAACGUCAAGGAGCCUUCCUUGCGUAUGAGCUGCUGUCUCUCCUGCUAGGACGCAUAUUCGAGCCAUAUGUCAUUCAAAUCGUGCCGCAACUGCUUUCUGGGUUUGGUGACACGACCGCAGACGUGAGAGAAGCAUGCUUGGACGCUGCCAAGACUUGUUUCGCCACGCUGAGCUCGUUCGGCGUGAAGCAAGUAUUACCUCAAUUGCUGGAAGGUCUCGAUGAAUCACAGUGGCGAAGCAAGAAGGGCGCGUGUGACUCUCUCGGUGCGAUGGCCUACCUUGAUCCUCAGCAGCUAGCAGUCAGCUUGCCUGAAAUCAUUCCGCCUCUCACCGAAGUGCUCAACGACAGCCACAAGGAGGUGCGCGCCUCGGCCAAUCGCAGCUUGCAACGCUUUGGCGAGGUAAUAAGCAAUCCCGAAGUCAAGAGCCAGGUCAACAUCUUGCUCAAGGCUCUCAGUGACCCUACCAAGUUCACCGAUGAGGCUCUUGACGCUUUGAUCAAGGUCAACUUCGUUCACUACCUCGAUGCGCCUUCGCUAGCACUUGUCGUUCGUAUCCUCGAGCGUGGUCUAGGCGACCGCUCUGCAACCAAGCGCAAGGCUUCACAAAUCAUCGGCAGUCUUGCUCACUUGACGGAGCGAAAGGACCUCAUUGCCCAUCUGCCUAUUCUUGUGGCUGGACUCAAGGGUGCCAUUGUGGACCCGGUGCCAACCACACGCGCCACGGCUUCAAAAGCCCUGGGCUCCACGAUCGAGAAACUGGGCGAAGAUGCACUGCCAGACCUCAUCCCAAGCUUGAUGACGACACUCAAAUCGGAUACAGGCGCUGGCGACCGUCUUGGUUCAGCUCAAGCUCUGUCCGAAGUACUUGCCGGUCUCGGCACAAGUCGCCUGGAAGAGUCGCUCCCGACCAUUUUGCAAAAUGUCGGAAGCAACAAGCCUUCGGUCAGAGAAGGAUUCAUGUCCCUCUUCAUCUUCUUGCCUGCUUGCUUCGGGCAGAGCUUUGCCAACUACCUGGCUAGAAUCAUCCCACCUAUCUUGGCUGGACUCGCCGACGAUGUUGAGUCGAUCAGGGAGACAGCACUUCGGGCCGGUCGUCUCUUGGUCAAGAACUUUGCUUCCAAAUCUGUGGAUCUGCUGCUGCCUGAGCUUGAGCGAGGUCUCGAGGAUAACAGCCAUCGCAUUCGUCUCAGCUCGGUCGAGCUUGUUGGAGAUCUGCUUUUCAACCUCACUGGUAUUAGUGGCAAGCAAGAAGCUGAUGAGGAUGAAGAGGGCGCGGCAGAAGCUGGCGCUUCCCUGCUUGAGACUCUUGGCGAAGAGAAGCGGAACAGAGUCCUCUCUGCUCUCUACAUAUGUCGCUGCGACACUUCGGGCCUUGUGCGCACUUCUGCGAUGAAUGUAUGGAAAGCACUCGUAUCUUCGCCACGCACCUUGCGCGAACUGGUGCCAACACUCACUCAGCUUCUGGUUCGAAGACUAGCAAGCCCGAACAUGGAGCAGAAAGUCAUUGCUGGAAACGCUCUCGGCGAACUUAUCCGGAAAGCCGGAGAAGGCGUACUUGCAACACUUUUGCCUACCCUCGAAGAUCAACUCCAGACUGCUGUGGAUCUGGAUUCGAGACAAGGUGUCUGCAUUGCACUUCGCGAGCUCAUUACAUCUGCCACACCCGAGUCUCUGGUGGACUACGAGAAGACUCUCAUCUCCGUGGUUCGUACGGCGCUCGUCGACUCCAGCGAGGAUGUCAGAGAAGCCGCCGCGGAUGCUUUCGAUUCGUUGCAGAAGGUACUUGGCAAACGUGCUGUUGACCAAGUCUUGCCACAUUUGCUACAAUUGCUCCGCAACGAAGACGAAGCCGCCAACGCUUUGGCUGCACUGCUUACUCUCCUCACCGAGCAGACCAGAGCCAGCAUUAUUCUGCCCAACUUACUGCCGACGCUUCUCACUAAUCCUGUAUCGGCCUUCAAUGCCCGCGCUCUGGCAUCGCUUGCAGAAGUAGCCAGCUCCGCGAUGACCCGACGGAUACCAAAUAUCCUCAACACUCUCAUGGACAAUAUUGUGUCGUGCAAGGAUGAGGCGCUCAAGAAUGAGCUUAAUUCUGCAUUCGAUGCGAUCUUGCUGUCGGUCGAUGAAUACGAUGGCUUGAACACCAUGAUGAGUGUCAUGCUGGCGCUCGCAAAGAACGACGACCACCGCCGGCGAGCUGCGGCAGAUUUGCACUUCGCGACCUUUUUCGAGAAAGCCGAGAUUGACUUCUCUCGCUACUACCCAGACGUCAUUCGAGCUCUGCUCAUUGCCUUCGAUGAUAGUGCUCCAGAAGUCGUGAAAGCUGCUUGGGCUGGUCUUAAUCAGCUCAUGCAGCGCCUGAAGAAAGAAGAGAUGGAAUCACUCGUUGUCUCCACUCGGAACACUCUCAACCAGGUCGGCGUCGCCGGGCAUGCUCUGCCUGGUUUCUCACUCCCCAAGGGUGUCAAUGCUGUCUUGCCGAUCUUCCUGCAGGGUCUCAUGAAUGGCUCUGCCGAGCAGCGUAUUCAAGCCGCUCUUGGUAUCUCGGAUCUGAUCGAUCGCACAAGCCCAGAUGGUCUGAAGCUGUUCGUGACACAGAUCACGGGCCCGCUGAUCCGUGUUGUCUCUGAGCGCUCUACUGAGCUGAAGGCAGCGAUCCUGCUCACUCUCAACAAUCUGCUUGAGAAGGUGCCAGCAUUCCUCAAGCCAUUCCUUCCACAGUUGCAAAGGACUUUCGCCAAAGCAUUAGCUGAUCCUAGCAGUGAAGUCCUCCGAAGCAGAGCUGCAAAGGCACUCGGAACGCUCAUCACAAUGACGCCAAGAGUCGAUCCCUUGAUUGCCGAGCUUGUGACUGGUAGCAAGACGACGACCGACGCAGGCGUCAAGAAUGCUAUGCUGAAGGCACUGUUUGAAGUCGUUAGCAAAGCUGGUGCAAAGAUGAACGAGUCCAGUCAGAAUGCUAUUCUUGGCUUGAUCGAUUCUGACGCUGGGGAGACAGACGAUGCUCUGAACAUCACAUACGCCAAGCUUCUUGGGUCCCUCAUUGCAGUCAUUCCGGCCGAGAACACCGUCGGUUUGAUCAAGAGUCGAGUACUCAACUAUAACUUCACGCACUCGACGAUCUUAGCACUCAACGCCGUCCUGCUCGAAGCGCCAGACAAGCUGACUUCAAACCUUGACGAGAUCACCAGGAAUGUGCUCGUACAAGGAAUAAAGCACGGCCAGCCUUUCAUCUCGGACAACGCCGUCCUCGCCGCAGGCAAAUACCUCCUCACAGAGAUGGGCAACAAGACAUUUGAAGGCACCAAGCCGAUCAUUGAAGCUCUCGCCAGUGUGCUGCCAGUUGGCAAGCCUGUCGAUACCCGCCGUCUCGCUCUCGUUGUCAUUCGCACAGUCUCGCGCUCCAACAACGAGCUCAUCAGACCUCACCUCGCAACUCUCGUCCCGGCCAUCUUCAAAUCUGUGCGCGAUCCAGUCAUUCCAGUCAAGUUGUCCGCCGAGAGCGCUUUCUUGGCUGUUCUCAGCGUGGUGGAGGAAGAGAGCGCUGUUUUUGACAAGUAUAUGGCCGGCGCUGGAUCUGAGCUUGAUGCGGGAACGAAGAGAAGCAUGAGUGAGUACUUCAAGAGAAUCGCUCUUAAACUUAGCGCACAGGCGAGGGAGAGGAAGGAGGCUGAGGGUGGUGCUGGUGGACUUGGACUUAGUAGUGAUGAGGUCGAAGAUGAGAAAGAAGUGUGGAGUGUAGGAAAGGUGGACUUGGGGGAGAGCUUUGCUGAGGAGUGAAGUGGAGAUGUAGCGUGAAUCCUCGCUGCAUUCUGUGAUGUUCUGUAAAGAUAGAGCAUAAGCAUAACCUUGGAUAUGCAUGAAUAAAAGUACAGUCAUGGUGU